CAUUUUUGAGACCCGUUUUGUCAACAAAUCUGUCUUUUUUAAUAAGAAACUUGAAUUUAUAUACUUCAAUAAAUCAUUAUUUAGUUUUAAUUAUCAAGGGCGAACACAAAGUUUUUCCCAGAAUGACCGGUAAAUCCACGGAUAUUCCUGGAUUCUCCCUCCAGGAAACGUUUCCACUGCACUAUCUCGCGAAAGUGGGGGAUUUUGAGGAGCUUAAAAGAUACCUGGAGGCACACCCCACCUCCGCCGUGAAACAAAUCAGUCGGAUCGAUUUCAGUGGACGUACGAUCCUUCACUACUCGGCCGUUGGAGUAAAUUUUGCCGGCUGUGAAAAAUGCGUCACUUUCAUCCUGAAAUUCCUGAACGAUCUUGAGGGUGAGAGGAAGGAGACGUUUGUUAACAUCGCCGUCCGACGGCAGACCCAACGCGUCCGUCGUCAACAAUGGAAGGGGGACGAUUGUCAGGAGACGAUUCACUUCAUCAACGCCAAGGACACCAAGGGCGAAACGGCACUCCACCUCGCAGCCAGAAAUGAAAAUACAAACAUCGUCACGACACUCCUCCUCCAUUCCGCGGACGUCAUGGCCGUAUCACGUGAUGGGACGCAAGCCUUAAAACUGAUUUAUUCCAAGACACCCUCCGCCGUCACGGAACUGCUCAAUCGAAGCGUCUCCUUCGAUUAUGGAAUCGAUUCGGAAACUUUCACCAAAACGGAACGAUCUUAUUGCUUAGAUUUCACUGCCAUAAUUGGGAACAUGACGGACCGAGAUGACGACGAAGGGGAUCAGCAGAUCAGUGACACCAUCCAGUCCGCCUUGUACAGGGAAGCCGCUUGCUUAAACAGUGUUAACGAAAAUGAGACCAAAGUUCGCAAAGAAAUUUUAACUCAUCCCCUCGUCAGGUUUUUCGUCGAGAAAAAAUUCACCAAAUUAUUGACUCUCAUUUGGACCUCCAUCAUCCUUAAGCUUUUAUGGAUCAGUUUGUACGUUUGGCAUGCAAUUGACGUGUACUACGACUGCUGUGAAAGUGCUUUGACGGAUGUUCAACCCUUAUUCUCGCAACCACAAGCCGUCUACUGCUCCCAAUUCCCAUUCACGCUAGAAAUUAUGACCACAAGUACAAACUGGACACAAACCGACGCCGACCUUGCCCGAACGAGUGUGAUGGACUGUGCAAAAAAUAGCAAUUCCAUAAUUCGCCUCGUGCCAAUUUUACUCUUCACGAUUUACGUCAUUUUCACGAUCGGCUUCAAAACGGUGAUUUUAUACAAGGCUUAUCUCAAGAUUCAAAACUGUUUUUUGUGGGUUUUCACUCUCUUCCUCCUCGUCACCCUGUUUCCGACGGAGGCCAGUUUCAAAGUCCAGUUCCAAUUCGCAGCGUUUACGAUUGCGAUUGGAGCCUUGGUCAUUUUGGAAAUUGUGAAUAAACACAUCUACUGGGCAAUCUAUCUCAGAGUUUUAAUCAAGGUGGUGGAACGCUUUAUCGCCAUCCUUCCACUCUUUCUCUUCAUCAUGUUGGCCUUUUCAGUCUCCCUCAGAAUGCUCUUCCCCACGAUUAACCCAGCCCUGAAAGAUUUCCGUGACGCGUUGAUGGAAGUUUUUGCAAGUAUCGCGAACGGGAAGGUGGAAUGGUCGGAAGGGAAUAAUUACCAAAUCGGGGUCGACACCCAGUUCGAGACGUCCGGUUUUAUCAUGUUCAUCGUCUUUUAUGUCCUCCUCAUCCUACUCCUUUUCCGCAUCCUUAUCGGUUUCGUCGUCGCGGACACAAAGAAAAUCCAAGAGGAAGAAGAACUCAACGAGAUUUCGCAAGAUUUAAAAUCCAUUUUUAUCUUUGAGUCCAUCGCGACUUCUCUGCCCUACCGAUACAUGAGCAACCUGAGCUGUUUAAGCUUUCUCCAACGUUUCCGAGAGCGCUUUAUGCUCUGUCGAAAUCAGAAAAUGCAAAUUUGGCUGGGUGAAUCUGACAUCCCGAAACAUUUGCGGAAACCUUUGAGAUUAUUGGCGUCCAAAAAUCCGGUCAAAUCCAGAAAACAUGAAGUCUGGGAAAGCGCAAAUAAUAACGAAAAUAAACCGAAAAAAGGGCGAUUCACUGGAAACCCGAAGCGGGUAACGACCAACGAAAACGUCGUCGUCAUUCCGCCAGAAGACGAUGUCAAUAAUAAUAAUGACGCGCAACCUGUGCGAAAUCAGGGUCAACCCGUGCGAAAUCAGGGGCAACCCGUGCUAAAAAUUGGCAAUGAUGAUGUAGACACUAACUGCUAGAUUUAUAAAUAAGCAAUAAAUGCGAUCAAACAAAUCGCAUCUUCUUUUUUGAAAA